CGAAAACAACAGAAAAAUCCUUGGGUGUAACAGGAAUUCCAUAUGUUCCAAUGUCGCAUAAAUUCAACGUAACUGUAACAACGCCCAUGUUGAUCAAGAAACUGAUCAGUAAAAGUACAUUAUUAUCAAACCAUUGUUGGAGGAAGAAACACAUUUCAACAACAAACGAGAUUAAAAGUCUUGAUUAGAAGAAACGUUGGCAGAAUACAUCUCUAAUCAAAGUGUGGCUGCUCCAUCAGCCUCCACCACCAUCAUUGUGUUUGAUGCCGAAACAAAAUCUUCAUUUUAUUCUAAACCGAUGACCAACACGCGGUUGUUUUAACUCUGAAUCUCUGAACAAACAUGUCUCGCAGCUGGAAAAUGCGUUUGGACGGAGCUCUGAUGAAUGUGAAAUAUUUUUAAGAGACAAAAGAGUGGAAAAAGACGACGAGCAGCGCCGAGCGCAGCGGUGAGUCGGUGAGGUUUGGAUGUUCCACAAACAAAAUAAAAACACCUCCAGAGCUCAGCAUGAGCUGAACAUAAAGAGACACCAGUCCGCUAUGUGCUCCUUCAGUUUGAGCUCUCAUCUCUGCUCCAACAAUCGUUUAUUCCUCUUGAAUGUGUCCAGAGAAAACACAAGCAGCGACAUUCAGUCUGUACACAGGAGAGACGGGCUGGUCUGAGUCUCUACGGUUCUCAUGGUGUGUUUAAGUGCCGCCUCCUGCUCCGAGUUUUUCAUCACUGCAGUCUGACUCUAGUUGACAAGCGACAAACGACACAAGGAAAAUGGCAGAAGUAGCUCCAGCUCCGGCCCCCGUUCCGGCUAAAGCCACCAAGAAGAAGGCGUCCAAACCGAAAAAGGUCGGUCCCACCGUCAGCGAGCUGAUCGUUAAAUCUGUGGCCGCUUCCAAGGAGCGGAGCGGCGUCUCUGCAGCCGCCCUCAAGAAGGCUCUGGCUGCCGGCGGCUACGACGUGGAUAAGAACAAGGCCCGCGUGAAGACCGCCAUCAAGAGCCUGGUGACCAAGGGGACUCUGGUCCAGACCAAGGGAACAGGGGCCUCCGGAUCCUUCAAGAUCAACAAGAAGGUCGAAAGCAAGACUAAGAAACCCGUCAAGAAAGCUGCUCCUAAAGCCAAGAAGCCCGUAGUGGUUAAAAAGCCGAAGACUGCAGCAGCCAAGAAGCCCGCAGCAGCUGCUAAGAAAUCUCCCAAGAAAGUCAAGAAACCACCAGCAGUAAAGAAGGCUGCCAAGAGCCCCAAGAAGGCCACAAAGAGUCCUAAGCAGGCUGCCAAGAGCCCCAAGAAGGUGGUCAAGAAGGCCCCUGCAGCCAAGAAAGCCCCCGCUAAGAAGGUAGCCAAGCCUAAAGUCAAGAAGGCAGCACCCAAGAAGAAGUGAGCUCCUGAAACAUCACAACUCCUCAAAGGCUCUUUUCAGAGCCACCAACAACAACCCAUAAGAAAUCAUUCCUCAGUCUUAAUCAUUUUAUGAAAGAAGUUAUUAUCAAUAAUUUAGAAGUUGUUUACAAAUAGGCUAGAAUAAUAACAGAAACAAUAUCUUAUAUGUAUGUACGUAUGAGAUUAUCAGUCUUAUAUUUCCAUAUAACUGAAUGCAUUUUUCAAAUCAACUGACACAGUAAGUAUCUUUACACUAAAUGUAAAUCAUUUUUGACAAGGACCACGUCAAAGAUGUUUUAAUUAUUAACA